UAUAUACAGGCGUAGAUAAUCCACAGCAUUUGCAUAUUAUAGCUUAAAACAAUACAAGAAACCUCAAAUUCAAUCCAAUCCAAACAAAAUCCAAACCUUUUCUUUUGUUUAAAAGGUGAGAAAUUCAAUGAAGGCUGAAUACGAUCUUGAUCACCUUCCUCAUCAAAGCUUUUAUGGAGAUUAUUCAAAAACAUUGGUACCCUUGAACAAGAACUCCCAUAUAGUUACCAAGAUCAAGCCUAAGAUCCGUAUCAUCCAUGUAUUUGCGCCGGAGAUUAUUAGCACCGACGUCAAGAACUUCCGUACACUCGUCCAAAGUCUGACCGGAAAACCGGAUAUCACCAAAAUCGGCUCUAAGAAAAAGACAGUGAGAACGAAUAUUCACGCGCCACCGCCUCCACCUCAAGAAUCCGGCAAAGAACAUACGGCGGAGCAUGUUAACAUGAUUAUAGGGAGACAUUUGGUGAAGGAAGAAUGGGGAUCAGGUUCAAACACAAACACUUAUUUUGAUUUAGAUGGUUUGAUUGAUCUUGAUGAAGACAACAUAUUCUCAAGUCGAUGGUUUGAUCUUCAACAGCAAUAAAUAAACUCGGUCGCUGGUCCCACCUUGCCCUAAACUCUAGGGGUUCUACUACUAUAUGUUAUGAUUCUUAUUGGUUCUGAUGAUUACAUUAUUGUUCGAUUUGGGAUGUAACAAGAGAGAGUCUGAGACAUUGACCACAUAUUUAGGGGCAUACA